AGCUCCACCGAACCGCCCUAGGAGCUGACCCUGCCAGGAGGCCCGAUUACCCAGGGGAGGAAGAGAGCCAGGACCCUGCGCUGGCUGGGCGACCUCCAAGAAUUCACCAUGACAUCAAUCACAGUGACCACAGAAGUUUCCCCAAGGGGUAAAAUAGAAGAUAAUUCUGCCUUGUAUGAAUCUAUACCUGCUCACAUUAUUGAAGAAACGGAAUAUGUGAAAAAGAUUCGAACAACCCUGGAAAAGAUCCGAAAUCAAAUGUUUAAAGAUGAAGUAGGACGAGGCAGUACAAAUCACAAACUAGACACAAAGUGCUGUGGAAAUAUUCAAAAUGGCGCUGAGAGUGAGAUGGAGCCUUCUUGUUGCAGUGUUAAUUCGCUCAUGGAAAAGAUGAAAGGAAAAGACCUACAGCUCUUGGAAAUAAACAAAGAGAAUGAAGUAUUGAAAAUCAAGCUGGAAGCCUCCAGAGAAGCGGGAGCAGCAGCUCUGAGAAACGUGGCCCAGAGAUUAUUUGAAAACUACCAAACACAAUCUGAAGAAGCUAGGAAGAAGCAUGAGGACAGUAAACACAUACUCCAGGUUAACAAGCUUGAAAAAGAACAGGAAUUGAAACAAAACGUUGAAAAUCUGAACCAAGUUGCUGAAAAACUUGAAGAAAAACACAGUCAAAUCACCGAACUGGAAAAUCUUGUUCAGAGAAUGGAAAAAGAAAAGAGAUUACUACUAGAAAGAAAACUGUCGUUGGAAAACAAGCUGCUGCAACUCAAAUCCAACCAUACAUGUGCUAAAAGUCGCCAGGACCUUCAGAUGGAGAUUUCCAUUCUCCAGGAGCAGAUCUCUCACCUGCAGUUUGUGAUUCACUCCCAACAUCAGAACCUGCGCAGCGUCAUCCAGGAGAUGGAUGUAUUAAAAAAUAAUUUAAAAGAACAAGAUAAAAGAAUUGAAAACCUGAAAGAAAAAGUUAACAUACUUGAAUUCCAGCUGCAGUCCGAGGCUGGCAGUGCCGCUUCCUCACAGGAAGUGCAGCGAAGGCCCGCUCAGGUUAGGGUGACUCCGAGGACCUCCCAGGCACCUCCACCUCAGCUCCAUUGCUUACUCAGGGUCACCCCUUCUACUUGUAUCAAAUGGCUCAUCACUGACUGCUUGCACAUGGUCACCUUUUUUACUCUGUCCCUUGCUAUUUCAGUUUUCUGCUUGUUGUCUGACUGCCAGUGUUGUCUGGUCCUGCGGAGCACAAAGGUGCUCUGA